AUGCCCGUUAAAUUUCGCGAGACUCUCGCCUCUCUUGUGGAAGACGAGCCAUGUCUCUGGGAUCGCACCCGCGAUGAUUAUCACAUGAGAGACAAAAAGGCGGACGCAUGGGAUCGUGUCAUGAACAAAUUAAUACAGCUCGGAUAUACUUACGAUCUUGCCUAUGUGAAGAACACGUGGAAGCUAAUGCGCGACGCGUAUAGGCGAUACAAAAUCUCACACAGUGGAUCAUCAGCGUCAGAAUCAAGUGGAAUAGUGAGAAGACUAAGAUAUCUGGAGACAGCCGAUGUAAAAGGAGUCCGUUUUUCCAAUCUCCACUAUAGCGAUGAAGAUGACGAUAUCGAUAUCCUCAAUGAUGAAAACGAUCCACCGCCGCCAGAACACUUCGAAGAAGUAACAACGUCGCGAACUCUUCUGGGGGUGACACCGGCAAGAAACGUGGGAAGUUUAGGGAAGAGACAAGUGGUCGAGAAAACCAAAACGACCAAAAAGGCCCGUCUUGAAGAAGGCAUAUCCGCUGUGCAAGAAGCUGCGGAUGCAGUGAAAAGUCAUUUGGAGGCGAUCAGUUCACCAACUAACAAAUACAGGCACAUCGGAGAUUUUGUUUCCGAUACGCUAUCAGGGAUGACAGAACGAAGGGCACAUGCAAAAAUUCAAUCACUUAUAACAGUUCUGCUGAAGGAUGACACUACGCUUCAGGGUUGGCUAAUGAAUGGUCGACUGCAUAACAACGCAUUCCCUCCUUUGACGCUUGAGAUGUUGGAAGAGGUGGCAAGAAAAACCCAGGAGAGGUACGACCACCCUCGAAGCGUAGGGUUCAUGGAUGGUAAACACAUCAAUAUUAGGAAACCUGCGCACUCGGGUAGUAGCUUCUGGAACUACCUGAGUUACUACUCUAUUGUCUUGCUUGCGGUCUGCGAUUGCGACUACCGCAUCAUAAUGUAUGAUGUCGGAUCACCUGGUUGUAAUGGAGAUGCCGGAGUUUAUCGGUCAUCCAGUAUCAAGAGAUUUUUGGACGAGAACGACGCUAUUUUCCCACCAACUAGAGAGCUAGGCACAGUUGGCCCAGUUCAAUACCACUUUCUCGUCGAUGGUGGUUUUGGACAAAGUCACAGAUUCGUGAGGCCGUACAGAGAAAGAGAGGCGAACACACCUGACAGGAAAAGGUUUAACAACAAAAUGUGCCGGUAA